AUGGACUUUGCCUCCCCGAGCCCCAACUCGCUUCUAGGCCCUCGUCCUGUGGUACGGAUGCAGGCAGGCUCCGAACUCGUUUCUCGACCAGCUCGCAGUGAUACGAUUCUAAUGGAGUAUCGGUGCAAGCGAAAGAACGUCGGUGUUGGGGCGGAGGUAGAACCUGGACUGGUUGGAUCUAUCGACCAGGUGCUGAUCGACGAGAUCACACAGAUCGUCGUGGACUGA